GACUGGGAGCGGGCGGGAGCGGCAGAGGGAGCGGGAGCGGGAGCGGGAGCGCGGCGCACGCCCCGGGCCGGCCCAGCGAGCGAGCGAGCGAGCCGGGAAGGAGGAGGGAAGCGGGGAGGCGAGGCUGCCGAGGCGGAGGGAUCUGCGCAUCAAAGCGAGCUAGGCGAGCAAAGUUUGGCUGGGGGUUGGACUUUCCUUCCUGGAGGCGGCACCCAAACAGCUACCCGGUGCGGAAACCCAAACUUUCUUCUGCCACUCUGAGUCUCGCGGCCGCCGCCUCCGCCCCGCGUUCGGGGCCUUCCCGACCCGGCGCCGCUGUCGUCCGCCCGCCCGCCUCCCCCCAACCUCCUCGCCGCCCUCCUUGCCGCCGCGGGAGCCGCUCGGGGCGCAGGGCCGCGCGCCGAGCCCCGCUGGCUGCAGCGCCGCGGCCCGGCCCGGAGCACGGGCAAGUUCGCCAGGAGUUGAGGCGAAGUUUGGGCGGCCGAGCUCUCCUCUGCGCCCCCGGCGCCCCGCCGCGCCCAGCCCCGCCGGGGGCGCCCCUCGCCGCCCGCGCGCCCUCCCCAGCCAUGUCGUCCAUCCUGCCCUUCACCCCCCCGAUCGUGAAGCGCCUGCUGGGCUGGAAGAAGGGCGAGCAGAACGGGCAGGAGGAGAAGUGGUGCGAGAAGGCGGUGAAGAGUUUGGUCAAGAAGCUCAAGAAGACGGGGCAGCUGGACGAACUGGAGAAGGCCAUCACCACGCAGAACGUCAACACCAAGUGCAUCACCAUCCCCAGGUCCCUGGAUGGCCGCCUGCAGGUGUCCCAUCGCAAGGGGCUCCCCCAUGUCAUCUACUGCCGCCUGUGGCGAUGGCCCGACCUACACAGCCACCAUGAGCUGCGGGCCAUGGAGCUGUGUGAGUUCGCCUUCAACAUGAAGAAGGACGAGGUCUGCGUGAAUCCCUACCACUACCAGAGGGUAGAGACCCCAGUUCUACCUCCUGUGCUGGUCCCACGCCACACAGAGAUCCCGGCCGAGUUCCCCCCGCUGGACGACUACAGCCAUUCCAUCCCUGAGAACACUAACUUCCCCGCGGGCAUCGAGCCCCAGAGCAAUAUUCCAGAAACCCCACCCCCUGGCUACCUGAGUGAAGAUGGAGAGACCAGUGACCACCAGAUGAACCACAGCAUGGAUGCAGGUUCUCCAAACCUAUCCCCGAAUCCGAUGUCCCCAGCACACAAUAAUUUGGACCUGCAGCCUGUCACCUACUGCGAGCCGGCCUUCUGGUGCUCCAUCUCCUACUAUGAGCUGAACCAGCGCGUUGGGGAGACAUUCCACGCCUCGCAGCCCUCCAUGACAGUGGAUGGCUUCACCGACCCCUCCAACUCGGAGCGCUUCUGCCUGGGGCUGCUCUCCAACGUCAACAGGAACGCAGCCGUGGAGCUCACGCGGAGGCACAUCGGGCGCGGCGUGCGGCUGUACUACAUCGGAGGGGAGGUCUUCGCAGAGUGCCUCAGCGACAGCGCCAUCUUUGUGCAGUCUCCCAACUGUAACCAGCGCUACGGCUGGCACCCGGCCACUGUCUGCAAGAUCCCCCCAGGGUGCAACCUGAAGAUCUUCAACAACCAGGAGUUUGCCGCCCUCCUGGCUCAGUCCGUCAACCAGGGCUUCGAGGCGGUCUACCAGUUGACGCGGAUGUGUACCAUCCGCAUGAGCUUCGUCAAAGGCUGGGGAGCAGAAUACAGGAGACAGACUGUGACCAGCACCCCCUGCUGGAUCGAGCUGCACCUAAAUGGGCCUUUGCAGUGGCUUGACAAGGUCCUCACCCAGAUGGGCUCCCCAAGCAUCCGCUGUUCCAGUGUGUCUUAGAGACGUUGGGUGUGAAGGGGGAGGGUGGGGGGAGGGCGGGCUUGGGGGGAAAAGGCCGCGUAAGAGGUGGAGAAAAUUGGAACUCAACUCACCAUUGUCAACGAAGAAGAAAUUUUUCUCCCUCCAAUCAAAGCGGCCCCAACCUGUUUUCCAAAACGCAAAAGCAAAUCCAGAGAUGGAUUUUCUGAACAGCUGUGUCUGCCGAACCCAUUUGCCCUUUGGCCCCCACCUGCCCCCUCCUCCCAGCCCCCUUCUCUUUUAAUGACAGCAGUCUGGGAUGUCACUGUCCAACAGGAAAUGGCCAUCGGUUCCGGACUGGAGUGUGAAACUCACCUUGGGUGUUCUAGGUAGGGUGGAGCCUGCAGGGGCGGGAGGGGCGGGAGCGGACCUGGAGCCUAGCCCUCUGGCACUUGUAACAAACGCUUCAGCGGGGCAUUCCUGAGCCCCAGCCUCCAGCAGGCCGUCACCCCAGGAGCCGGAUUGGCGAGGGGAGGGGGGCUCGCCUGUCCCUCUCCUCUCGGAGCGUACUGAGAAGGGUGAGCCAGUGUGUUCAGAACAUGCACACGGGGCCGGGGGGGGGGGGGGAGUUGGUGGGACACCUCGUCUCGUAAACUUGUCCUUUCUCACUCUGACGGUUGGGGGGCCCGCCGAGGCUCGGCGCGUGCGCAGUGUAUGGUUUCUCUUCUCAUGUCAAUCUCCGAGAUUGACGUGCAGUCACGUGAAGCAGGAGGCAGCCGCGGCGUCAGCGGCGCCUGAGCUGAGGCUGCCCUCCGCUGUGUGGGUCUCCAGUCCUCUGGAAGAGCGCGCUUGCUAUUCUCAUGCAUCCGGCUCUCUUGGUUUACAUAGUUGCAUUAAUUGAAUGAGCUUUAUCGGAUGCUCAUUUGAAUGUUUAUAUUAAAAAAAAAAAAAAUCCCGGGUUGGCACAUUGGGAAACCAGCGUGAGGGGCCCAGCAAGCUCUCUCUCAAGGUGAAGCUUUUCCAGGUUUUGUUGAGAAGACACCUGCCAGCACUUCUGGAAACUGAAAUUAACAGAAGCAAAUUCACCAGAAGGGAAAAAUCUCAGGCCAACAUAGACAAAUGAAAAGGGCUAUUAAAUUUUUUUUUUUUUACACCUUUGAAAAUUGGAGGCUUGGUGCGCAGAGGUCGGCCAUCUUUCCCCUGGGACGUACGAUUAUCUAGCUCGCGGCGGCGGAUCCUCAGUGACAACUCUAGCAGUUGUGUUGUAGAAGAAGUACUGCUCCCGGUGGCAAUUAGUGAGGAAACUGUUAUAAAUUAUUUUAACUGGAAAAAAAGCCCUCCUUUUCGACUGGCCUUUUGCCGAAUACAGCAGACAACAUUGCCGCUUGCAAUUGGUACUUUAUUCCUCGUUUUUGUAUGAAAUGACUUUAUCCCAUCUUUUUUUGCAUGGAUUUCUACCAGGAAAAGGGAUUUCCCAUGGAAGUCCUGUCUUAUUCCCGGUGAAGGGGAGAAAAUGUCUACUGGCAGGUAUGAAUCUCAAAUGUGACGGCAUUUCUGAUGCCUUAUGGAGACGCUGGGGGCCUCCCGGUGCCUCCCCGGCAGGAUCCUAAUGCCUCUGCAGCUCUAGCCUUAUGGUUUCGAGGUAGGAGAGCUGCUCUCCAGGCUCCCCGAGGACACAGGAAGAGAGGGGAGGAGCCCCGUGCCAGACCUAUGCUGGUCUUUUCGUGGGGCUGUGGACACAGAACCCAGAGACCCCACACAGCCGCUCUCCCCCCGAGAGGGUCAGCUUCUGCAGGUCCGGAGUUGGCCUGCUGUGAAACGCUCUGCGCCCUGCUGCUUCCAGCAAGCCGUCUGAACCUCCCGGAUGUGCACGCACGCUCCUGGUCAGGGCUGAGACUCGGGGGGGGCGUGUUCCACUGUGGCCUCCGCUGGUGCCGUCGUGCCCUCCCCCAGAAGCCAGGACAGCGGUUUCUGAGGGCCUGCGUUCUCCACCGGCUUCCUCUCCUCCGAGGCCUUCCUCGGGCACCCAGCUGUCCUCCCGUUUCUUGGGGACUAGCUUCAGGUACAGCCCAGUCUGGGCCAUCCGGUGGCUGUGCCCGGAUGGUGUCUCGGCCCCCUUGAUGCUCAGGGCUGAGGGCUCCUUUUAGGAGGCAUGAAGUUUCAGUUUUGUUUCUCCAAAAGCUUACUUGGCCCCUCUUCUUUAUAGACUAGACUCCUGGAGGAGGAUGUAAGAGGAAGAGAUUCAGUCAGACCCAGAGGUGAGGACGUGGUGCCCUUCCCAUCAGAGAGGCUGCAGCUGUGUUCUUGGGGGGAGGGGGGGGUGCUGUGUCCUAUUAGCAUCCUUCAAGUCACAAAGCUGGUUCUUGGUUUGAAAAUCCUGUUGUAGGAAUGGCAUUUACACAUUAAAAAGAACCUUUUAAAGGACAAUUGAAGGGGCAAGAGAAAAUAGGGCAGUCUAGGUGGGGUGGAGGGCAGUUUUAAGUGUCGUUGGCGGGGCUCCCUGCCCAGUCACCUUCACCCUGGGGCUGGGGCUGCCCCUGACCCCGAGGAGCUAGCCCUGGGCCUGAGAUCCUUGGCUGCGCCCUGCCCCCAGGAGCCAACUUCCCUUCCCUCCCCCCGCCCCAAUUUUAUUUAGUAACUUGGGUCCUUCCAGCACAAAGUGGGUGGCUGCCCCAGCGGCUUCGGGUUACGGCCUGUGCUGGACCAUCAUCUCAGUUGGCCACCUUCCUGGCGGGCUGUAGACGAUCUGACAUUUUGAGACAAGCCGAGAGUCAGGAGCGGGGACUUUGACUCUUCUCUUAGGAAGCACACACACACGCAAGGGCAAGGCUGCUGGCAGACUUUCCCAUCGUCCUUAUGUUGUCUGUGUUGUAUUUUUUUUUAUUGACCGUGGUGAUUUUUUAAAUCAUUAAUGUAUUGGAAUGAGCUGUAGCCCAUAUCUCGUGCUUAGUUUUUUUCUCCAUCUUCUCUUGGCUUCCUAGAGUUUGGACCUAUUCCAGGGCUAAGGGCUUUUACUCAAACCGCAGGAAAAGGCUUUAAGUAGCGUGUGCAUGUCAUGCAUGCAUAUAUGUAGUCUGGGGAGAAGGCAGAUAGGGUUCAGCCUGGGUCCUGAGCUCACCUGCGGCCCCUCUCUGUCAUCCUUAAAAGGAUGAGGGAGGAAAAGGAAUCUGGGACUGUUCCCAGGACGGUUUCCAAGGGGAUUACCCGUAGCAAGAGCGGGCCUGAGUUGUUUAGUUCUGGACUGUGUGACUUUUUAAGUGGCAGAGUUGGCCCCAAGAUCUACAUGUGUCCCCACUUUACUAGAAGAAAACCGCAACACAGCUGCGUUGUACCAUUUUUUGUGGCAUGAAUGUUCCCUCCUAGAUCAUCCUUUUAAGGAGCAUCAACUACUUCCCCAGAGGGUGGGAAAGCAAAACACGUACACAAGAGGCUGGGGCUCCGACGGCAGGCAGUGGGGAAAUGACAUGCAGGCAACUUUCCAGAAACACAGCUCGCCCAUCAACUCGCCGAUCGUGUAAACUGGAUUGAGAGACGCUCUCAGUGAUUCUGUAAUUGAUUUUUUUUAUGCUGAUGUACACUCUAGCAUUCUGGUGUUUUUAUAUUUAUGUAAUAAUUUCUUAAAACCAUUCAAGACAGAGAACUAUUUAAUUUUUUUGAAGAAAGUUGGAAAGGUCUCUCCUCCCCAGGACCGUGGCUGGGAAGAGUCAGGGGCCCAGCGGCUCAGCAUCCAGAAGCAGCCACCGCCCCCCCCCCCCCCGGGGGGCUGGCUAAGCAUGUGGCAGCAUGUACAAACAGGCAGCUCGGAGUCACCUGCAGGCUCUCCCCCCCAGGGAUGGAGCCUGAGCCCCCUCCCUCCCCUUCUUCACUCACCUCCCUGCUGCUGUUGCAACGAGGCUGUUCCGGACUCUCUCUGGUGAUGUGUAUUGGGGUGGGGGGAACAGAGUGUGGAGGAUGCUGAUGGCCUUCACUUCUCAGCCAGCCUGACCUUUGAAUACCUUUGUAAAAAGCAUGUAUGUAUUUAUAGUGUUUUAGAUUUUUCUAACUUUUGUAUCUUAAGAGCAGAGCACCUGUUUAAGCAUUGUACCCCUAUUGUUAAAGAUCUAUGUCCUCUCUUUCCCCUGUAAGUGCCCUUCUAAUAAACUUUUCAUUGGAAA